AUGUUAGCUAUUUCAAGAAUGAAGGCCCUCAUCUCCGCCACAACGUUCUCAACCUACUCCGUUCCUCACAUCUCCAAGACCACACCUUUGGCCCUCUCAUCUUUAGCCUCUAAGUCCUUUUCAUUCAACCCACCAACCCUUUUCCAGAACCCCAAUCUUCUCCUCCCAAAUCCCAAUCUUUUUGUGCCCAAAACCUGCAUUUCUUCAGUUCAGAACCGAUGUAUGCAAAUGGAGACGGCUUCUCGCCAACGGUCCGGUGAGAUUCACGUGAUCGUCGGCCCAAUGUUCGCCGGCAAGACCACGACGCUUCUUCGUAAAGUUCAAUCCGAGAGAGGCGAUGGCAGAAAUGUUGCUAUAAUUAAAUCAAGCAAGGAUACAAGAUAUGGAUUAGAUUCAAUUGUGACGCAUGAUGGGGUCAAGAUGCCGUGUUGGGCGUUAACACAUCUAUCAGCAUUCAAACAAAAGUUGAGCCCUGAUGCAUAUGAUCAGCUAGAUGUAAUUGGUAUUGAUGAAGCCCAAUUCUUUGACGACCUGUAUGAUUUCUGUUCUGAAGCCGCUGAUCAUGAUGGUAAAAAAGUAAUAGUCGCUGGACUAGAUGGUGACUAUUUAAGGAGGAGCUUUGGUUCUGUGCUAGAUAUAAUUCCUCUUGCUGAUUCUGUAACCAAGUUAACAUCUCGAUGUGAACUUUGUGGGAACCGGGCUUUCUUUACAUUAAGAAAGACGGAGGAGAUGCAGACUGAGCUGAUUGGCGGGGCUGAAGUCUACAUGCCUGUCUGCCGGCAGCACUAUGUUGGUGGACAAGUAGCCAUAGAAGCCGCGAGAGUUGUCCUGGAAUCUCAAGUUCAGUGCGGUUCAUAUGCGUAG